AUGUUUGGCAUCCCAGCCGCCAAGGCCGAGGCAGGGCUGCGCGACGACCUCGCUGCGUCCUGCCGCCUCUUUGCCUCGCACGCGUGGGCCAACUUUCUGCUCCAUGGUCAAUUCCUCUCGCUUCGGCUGCCGGCAGCGACCACAUCGGCCGUCGCCUUCUUGAUCAACCCGCCCGGGAUGCUCCUCGCCGACGUCAAGGCGAGCGAUCUCGUCCGCAUCGACGUCUUGCGCUUGCCCGACGGCGAGUUGGACGUGCGCGGCCUGAAGAGCAGCGACCACGUACAGGCCAUUGCGCUCCACGUGCAUUUGCAUCUGACGCACGCCGCGUCGCCCGAGCUCCAGUGCUUCUUCCAAGCGCAGACGGUACCUUGCGCUGCCGUUGCAGCCAUGAACAGCGGUCUCUUGCCCAUCUGCCAAGCAAGCUGCUUUGCGCUCCAGGGCGGCGCCAUUCGAUGGACGGACGCCGACGCCAUGCGCUGCCCGAUCAGCACCGUGCACAGGGUUGUGCUGUCGCAUGCGUUUGGGACGAUCACCGCCGGGCGGGCCGUGGCCGAGGCCUUCCACUACAUGUUCUACACAACCAACGCGUGUCAGAUGCAAGUCGGCGCCGCCGCCGCGGGCCUCCGCCAUCUCUCGUUUCCGCCAAGAGACAUUGCCAUUACGCACUUUGCCGUCACGAUGGAGCGCUUCCAGCAGCAAGGGCUCGGCCACGACAUGUUCGAGGCCCUGCGACGCAGCCUGCCACCAAGCUACAAGCACUAA